AAUGCAACAUAAUAUUUAUGACGAAUUUUAUUCUUUGAAAACAGUUGCUUUCAGUUAUGGAGAUAAAAUAGCCGAAAUAUCCCAAAUUUCGCCCAAAACCGGAAAUUAUAGACGAAUCUCGUCCCAAUUCUCGCCAGCUAUUGAUUUACAUACAUUGCCAAUAGCAACGACUGUGAUUGGUCGUCGUCAAUCACGUGAUCAAUCGCUUAUCCGGGAUCCUUGCAUGGCAACGAGCGAUCAUCGAAAAGAAGCAGCAUAA